CAAUCAUGGCAGGCAUCCUUCCUUGCGAGCCGUCGCGCAGGACACAGAGGAUGUUGUCUCACUCACCGAAGAGCGCCGUCCUCGCCAUGUUGAAAGUGGUAUACUCAAGGUGGAAGUCCACGUCUUUUUCCAGCCUCAUCAUCGGAUCGGAAACGAGUAUAGCUAGCUUUAUCUUGCGUCACAUAAUGCAUAAUUGGCCGAACAAAGAAGCGGCGAUGAUACUGGGCAAUGUAGCUCGUGCACUGGGUCCCAAGUCCAAAAUACUCAUCAUCGACAUAGUAGCCAUCCCGAACGCAGAUUCAACUGCUAGAACGAGCGCCAAAUUAUUCUUACUGGACAGCCAUGCUAAACGCCUCGACUAUAGUAUUCCAUUGCACUUUGGUUCAGCGUCUGAACUUAGCAAGCGCUUUCUCGGUGCACAUGCUGACGACGAUGAACGGUUGCGAGAGGUCUUUGGUGCGUGUCAAACACAGUUUGACCAUGCCCCGCCCACUGGUGAUUGA